AAAUGGUAUGCACUUCAAUCAGACCGACGAAAUUGUGCUAUUCUGACACCACGUCUUGGCAGGGGCUAUCAUCAUUAGUUUCUGAUUAUUUCGAUUACGAGCCGCUACGAAAACCAAUGUUGCUCCCGGAACGCAUAAUAUCAGCGUACACAGCUAUCGUGAGACGCAGCGGAAAUCCGUUCGAGCUCGCCCACGUUCUGGUCUCCUGGUUGAUCGGAGCCGGUUAUGAUGCUUACGUCGUGGUCGGUUGUGCUAAACGAGACGUCUGCAUGGCGAUACGAUAUAGAACCGUUUGCCCGGAAAUACCUGAUGAAUCCGCGGUCAUCGACACACCUCCACCGUCAGAGGAGGAACCUCGUUACCGUCUCGUUCCGUUGCCGGAUCUGACAUCGAAGUAUUGCAAGGACAUGGAUCAAAAGGAAGCCGAGAAGCAGCAGGCGGAAUUGAACAAAAUAGAGAGUGAGAGAUUGAAGAAAAUUGCGGAAUUAGAAAAGCCUCCACCAGACGAGAUAGAUGGAUGGCGCACUCAUGCCUGGGUGCUCGUGCUACCAGGGUUCAAGGGAGUCGAAGAGCCUUUCUUUAUUGAACCCAGUGAAGGCAAUGGAUAUCCUAUAAGUGCGCCCCAAUACCAACAACUCGACAGUAUUUAUAACAAUGAGAAUUAUUAUGUUAAUCUCAAAAGUUGUGCAGAAGGACUCGGUUCGCUAAAUUACGAUCUAAAUGAACUCACAUGUUGGGAGCACUUGCUUGCUGGCGAACCGUUCCACCGGCGACAGUUAGUUGGUAUCGACUGUGCUGAUAAAAAAACGGCCUUCGACACGGAGAAACAUCUAGACGUACCAACUAGUUGGAUUGAAAAACUCGAUAUAACGGCUGAUGAAUACGAACAAAGAUAUCCCGGCAGCCACAAAGUUAUCCGUUAUAAGAAGGUUUUGUCUGAAAAAUUCUCACCAUACUCCGAGAGAGAUGGAGUCAUCAAAAGAAUAAUAAUAUACGAAGACUACGCUCUAUCCAUUCCGCUUCUGACAUACGAAUGGUACAAAAAUAGGGUGGACAAGAUGCUUACAGUCAAAAUUGAUCAUCUAAAGCGGGAAGUUCGAGAAACAUUUGGAAUUGGAAGAAAAGAUCAUCUUUUAAAACAUAUAUACUCAAUGGACGCACCAACUACGUCAGUGGAAGGCGAGCGUACGCUGGAGUUCAACUACUACGCCCGUCUCGAUCAUCUCACUAAGCUCGUCUGCACUGGUCUCACCUUUGACGAAUACUACACCGAUAGGGAAGACAGGCUCGAGACUCGAUUCAUAACAUACACAGAAGGCAAUAAAUUUGAUCCUAAAAGACAAGUCAAAGAUAUAAUUGAAACGUACAAUCGAAAUCCCGACAUUCCAUCGAAGGAUGACAUUUGGAAGAAAAUAUUUCACACUCAAGAGAAUACAAUAGAAAUUCUAUACCAUUAUGACUACAAUUUCGUCACUAACAAUACGCGCUUUUUUAUCAAGCCGAACUUGGCUGAAACUGGAGGAAAAAUUUUGUUCUACCCGGAUAAGACGACAGGAUACAUUGCCGAUCCAUGUACGAAACCACCUCGUCCUCUGGACGUAUACUACGCUCUCUGUGACAACAUGGAAAGCGAACACCACUCACGGAAACACAUACGGGAUCGCGAGUCCGAUAUCACAGGAUACCUUAAGCAACGAGAGUGUGAACUUAAUGAACCGAUACUCUUCGUCGGUCUUUUUGAUACAGAGAGGAAUGAUGCUGCUAAAAAGGGUUGGCAGGAACAGGAAACUCAAAAGGCUGAAGUAACAGAACGGGAAAAGGAUGCUGAAAUAGAUCCGCUCGCGCCCUACCUCGCGCGCAUGUUCGGAUCGGGCCACGGCGCGGGCGCGCUCACCGUCAAGGAGGCGACCCUCGUCCGCGAGCAAUGUCUCAACGAUUUCCGAGCGAAGCAGCUGGCCAGGCAAAACCUCGUACAGGAGAGAUUUGAUAAACUGAACGCGGAAUAUAAGAAUAAAAGAUUGUGGUAUUUAGCAAAUCAAUUCAUUCUCACGCCUGAAAAGGAGAGUGCGUACUUUGCCUUGAGCGCUGAACUAGCUUUCCAAGUGCAUACCCUCGAAGUUCGUCUAACGAGACACAGGGACUUAUCCAGUCCAAGGUUCAAGGCUCUGGAAGACUACUUGGAUAAACAUCCACUACUGAAGGAGUUUAAUCGCUUGAGACAUUAUUAUCGUAUGAAAUGAAUUUAAUGAUUUUUGGAUGUUGUUUUAUAUUCACAGUUAUGGUUCGGAAAUAUUAUGUUAAAUGUUUAUAAACUCGAUGUUAUUGUGUUUA